AUGUCAAAAUGGGUACAAGUAUCGGACCAGUUGUACUCGAGUUCGUCUCGCCUAGCACAAUUGCAACCAUCAAUAUUAAGAAUACCAAAGGGUUCUCAAAGUGCUCCUUCAUCUCAUAUAGAACAGUCAACAAAGUCAGUGAUAAAAUCAGAUAACAACGUGACUUAUGUGUGCAGUAAAAAUGUAUCAAAUGUGACCGGUGAAGAUUGUUUGCCGUUGUGUCCAGUAAUUUCAGAUAAAUUAGUUGGCGAUUUAGCAUCUUAUAUCGACUCCCCAACAUAUUAUGACCUAGACAAACUGUAUCCUUGGGUUCGAGAUGGAGGGAGGGGAAAACCGUCUUACUGUUACCCGCGCCAUCGUGUUGCCAUCAUCAUUCCAUACAGGAACAGGGAUAGUCAUCUACGGACAUUUUUAUAUAAUAUUCAUCCCAUGCUUAUUAGACAGGAGUUGGAUUAUGGAAUUUAUGUCGUAGAACAGACUGGAAGUUCUAGAUUUAACCGUGCCAUGCUGAUGAAUAUUGGAUAUGCAGAAGCAAUGAAGAUACACGAUUAUCAAUGUUUUGUCUUCCAUGAUGUGGACUUAAUUCCAGAAAACGAUAAAAAUAUUUACAACUGUCCAAAACAACCAAGACAUAUGUCAGUUGCAAUAGAUAAAUUCAAAUACCGAUUGCCUUUCCCUAGAAUAUUUGGAGGUGUGACAUCGUUAACAGUGGAACAAUUCCAAAAAGUCAACGGGUUUCCGAAUAGAUAUUUUGGCUGGGGAGGUGAGGACGAUGAUAUGUGGAAAAGAGUUCACAACGCUGGAUAUAAAGUGAUCCGAUAUUCUGAGCAAAUAGCUCGCUAUAAGAUGAUUAAACAUGGUAAGGAUAAAGGAAAUAAAGAUAAUCCUGUCAGGUUUAAAAUGCUGAAAUAUAGUGACAAAUAUUUUAAAACGGAUGGCAUUAAUAGGCUAACGUAUAAAGUAUUAAAAAUAGAGUUUAAUCAUCUCUUCACACGAGUCCUUGUUGACAUAGAUGAAAAAAAAGUUAUGGCGGAAUGUGACCCAUACUGA